UCGGAUUGCGGCACCUCGCGUCACUAAAGUUCCAGUUUACUUGAUUUUUGCCAUGGAAUACAACAACAAGACUGACCUUCCCAAACCUCCACUCCAUGAUUCAAAAUGGUAUAUUUUCAAGCGUAAACGGUAUUUAGUGUCAUUUCUGGCUUUCUUUGGAUUCAUGAACAUGUAUGCCAUCAGAGUGAAUUUGAGCGUUGCAAUAGUAGCUAUGACGUCAGAGCAACUUUCAGUUGUGAAGCUCGAAAAUGGAACCACAAUCUCUGCAAUGGUACAAGAGUUCGACUGGGAUUCUAAACUACGUGGUAUGGUUCUCGGCUCCUUUUUCUACGGAUAUAUCAGCACGCAGAUCCUGGGCGCGUAUCUGAGUCGGCGCUUCGGUGGUGCUCGCCUCUUCGGGAUCGGAGUCGCAGCCUCAGCGCUGUUUACCCUGAUCACGCCGCCUUUGGCCAGACUCAACGUCUACUUCUUGGUCGCUCUCAGGAUUCUAGAGGGUAUGUUUCAGGGAGUGACAUUUCCGUGUCUUGAUGCUGUUUGGUCACAAUGGGCACCGCCGAUGGAAAGGACUCAACUUGCGUCUAUUGCAACCUCUGGGAUCUAUGUCGGAUUAGUUGUCACCAACCCUAUUUGUGGGAUCCUGGCCCAAAUAUUGGGUUGGGCAGCCGACUUCUACGUCACAGGUCUCAUAGCUUUAUUUUGGUCAAUAAUAUGGUUUUGGGUCGUGAAAGACCGACCAGAGGACGACCCUCAUAUAUCUACCGAAGAGAUGAAUUACAUUCAUGCCUCUUUGUCCGGCUCCUCUUCAGAUAGCAAGAUGUCAGUUCCAUGGAGAAGUAUUUUAACAUCAAUGCCUGUCUGGGCAAUCGCGGUUGCCAUGUUUACCGAAGAUUUGGGUUUUUACACGUUGUUGAUGCAACUUCCAACUUUUAUGAAAGAAAUGCUGAACUUUGACUUGGCUGAGGCUGGGCUUUUAUCAGCUUUACCUUAUGUGGGUUCGAGUCUAAUGAUGCAAAUAGCAGGUUUCUUCAUCGACUGGGUACGGGCCAGCUACCUAACCACUAAGCAUGCGCGGAAGUUUUUCCUUUGCACUGCUUUUACCUGUCAGGCCAUCUGCAUCUUCAUCGUCUCAUACAUGAGCACUUCUGUAGGAGUAGUUCUCUGUUUGAUAAUAUCUUGCAGCGUUGCAGCUUUUGCUAUCUCUUCUUAUGGUGUAAAUAAUUUAGAUAUUGCCCCGCAGUACGCUUCUAUUUUGAAAGGUUUAGAUAACACUUUCUCUCAACUGGCAGGAGUGAUCAGUCCCACACUUGCAGGAUACCUUGUUCAGCACAAGCAUGAAGCAUCCGAGUGGAAAAAUAUGUUCCUGAUCACCAGCUGUGUUUACAUUUUUGGUGCUAUUUUUUAUGGUAUUUUCGGUGACGGGGAAGUCCAGUCUUGGGUCAAGAACGAAGCGCGUUUACUGAGAGGUAAAAAUGAGCCGAAGGAAACCGAAAAACAAGAAGCAGAAGUGUAAAAUAAGAGACUGUUUUGAAAAUACAUCCGCCUUCUCCGCUAGGUCCACCCAAUGUGUUCAAUGUAUGUUUCGUCGUGAUAAUGAUGUACACUGUAGGAGUCUUCGGUCUUUUCCUUUGAUAAUACAACAUGUAAUUCAACAUUUUGUAGAGGAAAAAUUGAAAAAUGGAGAAUGCAGAAUGCAGAAUGGAGUUACGGCGUUUUUGCUGUGGAAGUCAGUGUACUACUUUCGUUUUUUCUCAAGUUCUAAAUAAUUUCACACGAUUCCAUUAAAAAAGCUAGAAUAGGCUGAGAUAGAACUGAAUGGACUUGAGGCAGUUGGACGAAGCAACAAUGGCACAGGGUGUCAAAAGUCGAAGUUUUGAGAAUUUGGGAAGGGUGUGGACUGAAGACGGUCAGAAUGAAGAAGUUAAGAAAGCGGAAAAUUGUUGCGUCGGUCGCGGUGGGCUGGAAGAGCGUCAAGCGAGGGAGUUUAGCGCGUUUCAGAGCCGGGCCGAUUUGAAACGCCACCACCACACGGCCACGCGACUUUCCACGCAACACUAAUGAAUGGAGCCGACGCACAAUGGUUUGGAUCGAUAAGGGUUUGAAGAAAAUAUUUAAGAGCCUUCUAGCAUGAGAUAUGGACUGUGAAGGAAAUUAAAAGUAAAAAUUUUGAAUGGGCCAUACUGCCGUGUUGAGGAAAAACGCCGUACGAGCCUUCAGGCGUUGCCAAAUUUCCUUCGGCAAAUAACCAAGUUUUGGGUAUAUUCGUGAAUAUUUUUCCUCCGAUUUUUUUUGGAGAAUUGCGGCCGUAAUUUGAUCUAAAUAGUCCGAAAAUUUCAAGGAAAAAUAUUCAUUAUUCUCUGUUAAAAUAACUAUUUUCUGAGAGGAAAUUUGGCAACACUUGAAUGCUCAUACGGCUAUUUUCCUUGAUACGGCAGCAUAAAAUACGGUCUGAACUAGAAAAAAGCGGCACAUUUUUUCCCCUUCAAAAUAGACAGAUUUAAUGUUAUACCUGAUGCUGUUAUAAUGAUUUUAACACAGAUCAUAGCUACGAAUAACAUAAUUUGUAUUUUCGCCAUUUAACUAAUGGUGAUUAAAAACACUCGUAUCAAGUUCAGGAGUUGAUUUCCCAACUUCCAGUUGUAAAUUUCGUUUUCCUCGUGAAAUUUUGAAGAGAAAACGUGAUUGUUGCCCAGAUGUUACAGUUCAUACGUUGUUUGGAGGCCUAUUGACUUCUCUAACAUAUCGAUUCAUAAACUUCGAUUUGCUCAUCAACUUUGUUCAAACGAUGCAAAUCGUUGGCUUAUACGUUUUGAUUUGAUCAAGACACAGGUGUAUGUGUUUUUACGGAAAUAUAGAAUGUGAUACUGAAGAAAAAA